GACUAUUUAUGGUGCAAUUUCCUCACUGCUCUUAGAUGUGUUUCUAAUGCUAAGGCCUAAGGUAAACCAGCACUGCCGCAUGAGGUAUUAAGAGUGGAACACAGAUACAGCUACAGCUCUUAGGGCUGGAAAUUCAGUUGCCCCAGUUUUUGGGCAUGGGGGUGCAAUGUAAGGUAUCUUCAUCAGUGUUGUCAAUCGGCAGUUACUCAGCACUAACCCACUCACCGAAGCUCAAUUUGGGCUCUGCCAGAACUGCUUGGCUCCAGACCUCAUGAAAGACUCCGUCCAAACAUGGACAAAAGACCUGAAUUGUAGAGAUGAGAUGUUGGCGCAGAGAGCAUGUCCAUUUGCAGAGGAAAUGGCUGGCCUGCAACCUGUGAUAUCCUAUUCAUUAAUUGCAGUGGAUGAUAAAUCAAGAUACUGUGCGAUCAGACUUCCUGAGAUGAGCUCCCUGAGUGUGGAUUACUGCUGGGAGUGCUGGAUCCCUUUAAAAGAAAACUGGAAAUCUUAAAUAUCCGCAGGAAUUGCUGGAAAUGCUCUUCAGCACCUGAGAAGGAACAAAGACAGGAUAUCAGUUUUCUCAUUGCACUAAGUAGAUUCAACGUAAGGAAUACACAAGUGUUCAGCUGCAGAAAAUAAAUACAGGAAAGUUCCUCACCAUGGUCACCAUUGUCUCCUCCUUUGUUUGGAUUUUAAUGUUUAGAACCUGCUACAAUUUGUGUUUUCCUGCAAAGAAUGAUGUUGUCACAAACAUUUCAUCCUCCUCACAGUCUACCGUCCCAAAGAACCUAUCAAAUCUCACACAAAUAUUGGAUUUAUCAGAAAACAACAUCAUUGGGAUUCAUAUGCAGGAUUUUGCUUUUUUUCACCAGUUGAAAAGUUUGAAUUUGUCAUUCAAUAAGAUCAGAAAUUUAGCUGCUGCUACUUUCAGGUCUAAUCAAGAGCUGGAAUGUUUAGAUCUUUCUAUGAAUGAACUUGUGAAUAUUGAAUGUCACUUUUUACUUAGUGUUACCUCUCUCAAAUAUUUGGAUAUUUCUUAUAAUAAUUUUCUUAGUCUGACACUAGGAAAAGCAUUUAGCUUCCUGAAAGAUCUGGAAUAUUUAAGAUUAGGAAGUAGGAAAACAAUAAAGUUACAGAAAAAUGAUCUUGAACCAAUUUCAGGGAAACACUUGCAGGAAGUUUCAGUUGGAUUAAAAACAUUGUCAGAGUAUGAGCCUGGUACUUUACAGGUUUUGAGAACAGCAAAACUCCAUAUUGUUUUGCCAUCUAUUAACUAUGCAAAUUUACUUGAAAGGGUCAUGUAUGAUGCCUUCAACAUAUCUGAUACUUUAAAAUUAUCGGGCAUUGACUGCUGCCAAAAUUGCAGCGAAAAAUUAUCAAACAUUGACUGCUGCCAAUACUGCAGUUUAAUAACAUCAAGCAGGGGCUGCUGCCGACAUUGCAACCGUUAUAUUAACAGUUUUAAAAUGCUGGACAAAUUCUCAAAAGUCACCAACCUAUCUUUACAAUAUUUAACACUGGACUGGAAUGCUUUUGAAAGCAUAUCAGAAAUUAUUUGGUCUUCUAUGGUGAAAAAUCUCAACAUUUUUAAUGUAAAAAUAUGCCAAGUUACACCCUUCAUACUUGGGCAUUUGGAAACAACAUUGAAGACAUUUGCAGUAAGGCAAAUAGACGUGGUACCAUUCUAUGUAAAUCAGUCAGUUAUAUAUCAUUUCUUUGAUGUGAUAAAGGCUGAAAAUCUGAUGGUUUGUGAAUCCGGAAUGAUUUUCAUGACUUGUCCAAACAAAGGAAACACUUAUAAAUUAAUUGACCUUUCUGAUAAUUCAGUUACCAGUGAUUUUCUUUUCCAAGACUGUCAGACCCUAAAUUCAUUGGAGACUCUUAUUUUACAACAGAAUAAGCUUGGUCAAUUAUUUGAAGUGAGUAACAUGACCAAAUACAUGAAAACCCUGAAGCAUCUGGAUGUGAGUCAAAACCAGCUUAUUCUUGAUGAGAUUAGAGUUUGCCCUUGGACCAACAGUUUAACAAAGCUGAACCUAUCCUCAAACAGACUUACAGAUUCGGUUUUCACAUGCUUACCUAGCAAUGUAGAGGUCCUUGAUGUGCAGAAAAAUGAUAUUUUUAGUGUUCCCAAAAUGUUGAACAACUUGAAUAUGUUGAAAGAAUUAUAUCUUGGCACUAAUAAGCUGGCUAAUCUUCCUGACUGUAGCAAAUUUAUUAAUCUUGAGAUCUUGUUUGUCGAGGCGAAUGCAUUUCAUGAACCUUCAAGCAGUUUUCUUCAAAGUUGCCAACGGCUGACUGUACUGAAUGCUGCCUCCAAUCCAUUUACAUGCACCUGCAAUCUGAGAGACUUUAGUAGGAUGAAGGAAAACACCCACAUAGAGAUGAUAGGCUGGCCAAAGUCGUAUCGCUGUGCCUACCCGGAUAACCUUAAAGGAACAUUAUUGGAGGACAUCCAUUUAUCAGAAGUGACAUGCAGCACAACUCUCUUACUGGUGAUUGUACUGGGUAGUAUGAUCGCAUUAACAAUUGUAAUUGGGCUUAUGUGUCAUUUUUUGGACUUGCCUUGGUACUUAAGGAUGAUUUGGCAAUGGACCCAGAUGAAACGAAGAACAAUGAAGACUGACUCCCACCAGUUAUCUGAAAAUUUGGUCUAUCAUGCUUUUGUGUCCUACAGCCAACAUGAUUCCAGCUGGGUGAAGGAGCAGCUACUACCAAAUCUAGAAGAGAAGGGCAGCCCAUUACGAAUCUGUCUUCAUGAAAGAAAUUUUAUUCCAGGCAAAGGUAUUAUUGAAAACAUAAUCAACUGUAUAGACAAGAGUUACAAAUCAAUAUUUGUUUUGUCACCUAACUUCAUUCAGAGUGAGUGGUGCCAUUAUGAGCUUUACUUUGCACAGCACCAGGUAUUAAAUGAACAGUCUGAUAACUUGAUACUGAUUGUUUUGGAGCCAAUCCCUCAGUACCUAAUUCCAUCUAAAUAUUAUAAACUGAAAUCACUUAUGGCAAAGAAGACUUAUUUAGAAUGGCCUAGCGACAAAAAUAAACAGAGACUAUUCUGGGCCAAUCUGCAGGCCACAAUAGGAAUAAACCUGACUGCUCCAUCAGAGGAAUUUUUUUGUGUAAAUACUGACCAAUAAUAUUCUGAGCUGCAUCACUUUUAUCUUCAUAAUGUACAUAUAUUCUAUCAGUGUGUUCAUUUCAUGAGCUUAUACUGUUUAGAAUUAUACUGAAGGUACAAAAUUUGCAAGUUAAAAGCUACACUAGUAAACCUUCAACAAGACAUUGGCUGCAUCCGUUGAUUACCGUCAGACUGAAAGGACAAAUAAAGUUAGCUACUUAUUAAUAUGCAAAUCUGAACAAGAAGAACAGGAGGGUUUAAAGAAAAUGUAGGAGAAAAAGGUGGAUGAGUUAAUUAGUACCUUGCGUACCUGGUUGGCAUCCUUUCAUCUGUGAGAGAUGAUGGGAAUGUGGCCUCAAAACUUUGGCUCAGACCUCCUUUUGAUGGCUGAACAAGCCGAUUCUGGAAAGACAAAGUCUGUCAUAAGUGCCACACAUGAAGUUGUUCCUUGCUGGCAGUGCGAGGGGGACCUCUGCUGCACCUUAAGUGGGGCCUUUAAAUCACAACAGGGGAACUAACAUGCGACUUGAGACCUCAGACCACAAACACACUGUCACCAACAGCCACAGCCUGUAUUUAUAUAGUGUUUUUAAUGUAAUAAAACAUUCCAAGAUGCUUGGAAUUAUGUGAACCACACAAAGUGAUAUUAGGGCAGAUGGGCAAAAUCUUGGUCAAAGAAGUAAUUUUUAAGGAGUGUCUCAAAGGAAGAAAGUGAGGUAGAGAGGUGAGGACAUUUAGGAAAGGAAUUCCGGAGCUUAAGGCUCAGGCAACUAAGGCAUGACUUCUAAUGGCGGAGCAAUUAAAAUUGGGGAUGCUCAAAAGGCUAUACUUAGAUGAGUGCAGAUAUCUCGGAGGCAUGUAGGUCUGGAGGGGGUUACAGAGAAAGGGAAGAAUGAGGCCAUGGAGGGACUUGAAAACAAGGAUGAGAAUUUUAAAAUUGAGGCAUUGCUUAACCGGUAGCCAAUGUAGGUCAAAACAUGAGCUGGAGGAAAGUUUAAAGGAAAAGAAAGGCAUGAUAUGUGCCAUAAAAAUUUACUUUUGUCAACAAAGUAGGGAGAGCAGUAAUUUUUCAUGAUAAGAGGUAAGUUCUAGAGAACUAGCAAAAGCUGUUAGCCAGUUUGAAUGUGACUGAGACCGGAAAUGGGAGGACUAGGGUUUGGAACCAGAACGACCUGAGAUGCACCAAACACUCAAGAGGUGAUGAGACUCCUACAAGGAGUAAAAAAAGUACACAGCAGGCAUUGAUGAGGGGUUCUCUAACAUUCCCCGAGUGUCUCCAUGUAAAAGUGAAUUUGUGGAAGGUCGCAGACUUACAAAUGUUUAACAAAGUUAUAAGCACUUUACAUCACUGGAGUCUUGUUUUUGAACAUUUGGUGAGAUCUUCAUGCAACUUUCAAAGAAUGGACUUUGGUUAUUAAUCCUUUAGCAAUUUUUAAAAAAAAAUUAUGUGAACUAACGCAACUGCAUCUGACGAUAUAUAUGGAAAGAAAUUAACUCAUUCCACUAACUGCUGUUUUUAAUUCAUGAAGCAACAACUUUUUUUGUAUUGCUGAAUGUAAAUAAAUGCAUUGAACAUU